CUCUGCACCACACCCGAAAAUGCUCGCCCACUCCCUCAGGUCCUCCGCCACCACCGCCAUCAGGGCCAACGCUGCCCGCGUCCCUGCCGUCCGAUCUAUGGCCACUCUUGUCGACGAGAAGAGGGUGAGUGACACGCCCACCGCCUGCCAUUCCGCACCACCCAUUGCCGGAAUCAUCAUUGGCUGCCGGACUCGCUACCCAAAGGGACACGUUGCUGAUCCCUGCCUGUAGCUCCCUUCCAAGUUUGGCGGCAAGUACACUGUCACCCUUGUCCCUGGUGACGGUAUCGGCCGGGAAGUCGCCGACUCUGUCAAGGAGAUCUUUGAGGCCAUCAAGGCUCCUGUCCAGUGGGAGCAGUACGAUGUGUCUGGUGAGACCACUGGCGGUGAGGCGCUCUUCCAGGAGGCCAUGGACAGCUUGAAGAGGAACAAGGUUGGACUGAAGGGUAUCCUCUACACCCCCAUUGACCAGACCGGCCACAACUCUUGGAACGUCGCGAUGCGUCAACAACUCGACAUUUACGCUUCCGUGGUUGUUUGCAAGUCUCUCCCUGGAUUCCCCACCCGACACGCCGAUGUCGACCUUGCCCUUAUCCGAGAAAACACUGAGGGCGAGUACUCUGGUCUUGAGCACCAGUCUUUCCCCGGUGUCGUAGAGUCUUUGAAGGUGUCCACUAGGGCCAAGGCCGAGCGAAUCGCCCGGUUCGCGUUCGACUUUGCCAUCAAGAACAACAGGAAGAAGGUCACCUGCGUCCACAAGGCCAACAUUAUGAAGCUUGGUGACGGUCUUUUCCUCAACACCUGCAAGAGGAUUGCCGAGCAAGAGUACGGACACACUGGCAUCAAGUUUGAAUCUAUGAUUGUCGACAACACUGCCAUGCAGCUUGUCUCUAGACCCCAACAGUUUGACGUCAUGGUUAUGCCCAACCUUUACGGUGCCAUCUGUUCCAACAUUGCCUCUGCCCUUGUCGGCGGCCCCGGUAUCACCCCUGGUUGUAACUUUGGCCGAGAAUACGCUCUCUUCGAGCCUGGAUGCCGACACGUCGGUAAAGACAUUAUGGGCGCCAACAAGGCCAACCCUGUCGCCCUCAUCCUCUCCGCCACCAUGAUGCUCCGUCACCUCGGUCUCGAAACCCAGGCCAACUUGAUUGCCGGUGCCACGUACGACCUCGUCCGAGAGGGCAAGGUCAGGACUGCCGACCUGGGCGGUAACGCCUCUACCACUGAUGUCACCAAGGACAUUAUCAACAGGAUCUUGUAAAAGAAUGUAUCGCGCAUUUUCUAGAGUAGACUAACGAGAAAAACCAAUCAUAUACUGGGAUGCAAUGUUGUUUGGGACA